AUGGAGAUUUUUGAUCUCACCCAAGGUGACUCCAAUGAGGAGCAAGAGGGAUCCGAGGCAGAAGAUGAGACCUCGGAGCUGACCAUCUUUGCAGUGACAGAGAUUGCCGAGACCUAUGAGGCAAUGGAUGACGAGGAGACCUUCUAUGACUGUGAUGAGGAGUUGAAGGAUGAGUUGAAGCCUCCAUCGAUGGAAGAGACAGAAGCCCAAACCUCAGGACACAGAGAUGAUGGAGAGGCCAAGGCCAUGGUUGAACCUAUGAAGAUUUGCAUGAUCAAGAAUGUUGUGGCCUUGGAAGUUCCCUCCGUCAUCAUGACGAUUGACUCCGGAGCAGAUGUGUCAGUGGCCCCUGAACGGUUCUACAACCUUGGAGUUCCAGGUGCAGGCAAGCCCAUUGAAAUGAUCGAUGCACAAGGAGCCAAGAUCUGCAGCAAAGGCAACCGCCGUCUACGACUUCAAGCCCAAACUCGUGAUGGUGAGGUGAUUGAAUUCAUUGAACAAUUUGCAUUGGGAGUUGGUGUGACCCAUCCACUUUUGAGCUUUGGACGCCUUCUGAAGCAGGGAUGGGGACUUUCCAAAGAUGAUCAUGGUCUUUUCCUUGAACACCCAGAGAAGACCGUGAAGAUUCCAGCAAGGUUGGAACGAAAUUCGCUUGUUAUGGAUGUGAAGAUUUGUGCAGUUCGAGCUGAAGGAGACGAACCAGAGGAACUGCAAGUCAAUGCAGUGAGUGGAGGACGAGAAGAAGCAGUUGAGAGUGGUGGUGAUGCAAGGCCGCCAGAGCAUCCAUCCACGCCAGCAGGUGAGAGUGCCGCAGCAGCAUGUGAGAAAGGUGAUAAUGAAGAUGAUGAUGUGACAAUGGAGCUGAUGCAUCAAUUGUCAAAUGAAGAUGAUCCUGGUCAAGAUGAAAGUCGGUCACCAGGUUACACCACAGAGGAGUCCGGCGACAUCAUGGUGAAAGGCAGCAGCAGUGAAGAUGGUAAGGUGAAGGAGAAGUUGGCCCGUUGGGAGCGCUGGAACUUCAAGUUCAAGGAGGUGAAGAAAGAACCAGUUGAGUUGGCAAGCCCUGAAGAGCAAGUUCGGCCAGUCCGUGGAGCACCUCGACAGCUACACGGAUACAUAUCACGUGAACUGGGCUUGUUAGAGCGACUUCCAGGUCUGAUCAAAGACUACUUCGUCGUCACUUCGGAGGUUCCCGUCAGCCAAUAUCCAUUGCUGAAUGGAGAGCCAGCAUCAUGGCCAGAAGAUGAGCAGGAAGACCAAGAAGGUGGCGAAAUCCCAUGGCUGGCAGCUGGAGGAGGAGAAAGGCCAGAGAUUGCAGAAGAUGUGCAUUUUGUUGAUCCUGAUGAGCUUGAGGUCAGCAUCGAUGAACUGACGUUCAACAAGGACAACAAGCUGAAAGAUCUCCAGGACAUGUGUCGAAAGCUUGGGUUACCCACUUCAGGGUCAAAGGUGAAGGUGCUGAGAAGAUUGCAACAAUACAAGCACCAUGAGGAGGAGAAGAUUGCCUACGAAAUUGCACAGCGUCUCUACAGUGAGCAGAGAAGAGAAGCAAUCCCUGUGAAGACACCCAAGCUGCCGACCAAGCAUGAACAAGAGCUUCAUCAGCUCACACAUUUGCCCUUUCAGGCCUGGUGUCAGCAGUGUGUAGCAACAAGAGCAAAAGAGGAUGUGAGAACUGAUGCUGACACUGCAGAUCGCAAGGAUCGUGGCCGCAACGUGAUCAGCUUUGACUAUGGCUACACAUACACCUCUGGAGCAGCUGAAGAAAAGCAAUGGGGAACUGCACUCUACGUAGCUGAAUCUGAAUCCAAAGCAGUGUUGUGCAUCCCCGUCCAGGCCAAGGGCAGUCUGUCGCUCAGGCAGAUUACAGAGGAGUUGACUCGCUUCAGCAUGCAAGUGUGCAACACACAGCCCAUCGAUGCUGAAGGAAAUGAGAUGAUCGAGCAAGAGGCCAAGACUGUUGGUGAAGAUGUUGCAUUGGGCAUGUAUGGCCAUGGUCCAGACACUGAGGAUGUGAGCCCAAAGCGUCAGAAGACAGCUGAAGCAGGCAAGCCAGAAACCUCAAUGGAGACAGAACGGCAUACACUAGGAAGCAGCUCAGUGACGACUUUGCCUCAAGGGUCAUUGAAGAGAGAACUGUUUUCAUUGCCUUGGGAUGCUGAAGAUGAUGAGAAGCUGCGAAUGAGUCCCAAGAAGAAGGUGCGAGCCAUUCAAGAAGAGUUUCCAGGAGGUGAUGACAUGCUGGCAGAAGAAAUUUUGCAGUCAGCCCUGAACGAUGUGAGUGAAGAUGAAGAAGGAGAAGGUCAUGCAAAAGAACGACCUCCAGAUGUGUCAGAGGAGGAACUAGCAGCCUUGGAUGAUGAGGCAUGUCGCCACGAAGAACGCCGCCUGGAGCAGAUGGGAGUUCUGGAGAAGGUGAAAGAUGGCGAACCCGACGAAGAAGGAGAAGAGCCAGAAGAAGAGCAGCAGCCGCAGCAAGUGGAACACGAGACUGACAUCGAGAAGGUGAACAUGCAAUGGCAGAUCGUGCGGCUAGAAGUGGCACUGGCAGAAAAAGAUGAGUAUUUGAAGGAGAUGACAGAAGAGAAGGAUAGAAUGAUGCAUGAGUACCUGAGGUUUGCGGACAUGAAUGUCAACCUCAGGGGUCAGCUAGAAGAUCUUCGAGAAGAGAAUCUUGGACUGACCAAUCGACUUCUUCGCAGAGGAGGAGGCCAUGAUGAGAAAGAACAAGAAAUCCAGAGGCUGGAUGAAGAGAUCAAGCAGUUGAAAGAAGUGAAUGUGCUGCUGAAGGCACGCAUUGACGAGAUGAACCAAGCAUCGAACUCGAGGCUGAAAGAAAGCCUUGAUGGUGUGAAGUUCGAAAUGGAGCGAAAGCAAUGGAUGAUGACGCAUAGUGGUGAAUGCUACCACUCAGAGACAUGUUCACACGUGGCCAAUAGAGCCAAGAAGGUGAUUCGUCCCUGUCCGUACUGCGUGCCCACCACCAUGAGGGCCGUGACAGGAUUUGAAGCCGCGGCGACGGCGCAGCAACUCUCCUCCGCAGCGUGGGGGGGCUGCAGCGGCGGCUGCUGGACCUGCUGGCUCCCCUAUGGAGCCGGGUGGCAAUCCGUGGGCACUAUGAAAGACCACGUGGAUGCACACCUCUCCGGCGCACUACAGGGUGAUAUCCCCCCGGCAUGGUUGCAAGCCCAGGGGCGACAACGGUGCCCGGUUUGUGGCCUCAGCGUGUCCAUCCGGCAUGGCACUCACCCCACUUGCCGGCCAUUGGCCCGUGCAGCAGUGGGCCAUGCGGGGGAACCGCGUGCUGCUGGCCUCGUUCUGCCUGGCGUUGAUGAGAUCCAAGCCAGCCAGACCCCCACUUUGCGGCAUAUCCCGCAAGCAGCCAGGCAUUUGUGGGGGCAGGCUCUCACCCGGUGCUUAGCGUCCGUGGUGCGUCACAAUGACGCCACCGCUUGGCAGGAACUGCUCAUGCUCCCUAAAACGGUGCUGGAUGCACCAAAGCGGGGGGGCCGACAGCACCAGAAGGCCGUGGCUUCCUACACUUUGGAUAGGCUGCAGAGAUGGCAGGCGCUGCGUGGCUUGCACCCUCCCCAUGCUCCGCCUGUGGCCCGGGCUCUGCAUGAUUUACUCUUGGCCCCAGAAGUUGUUCCUGAUGCUGUGGCGAAGGCCUUGAGGUCCUUCCCAGCAGGCCUUCAAGCCGUUCAGCAAGCUGCGCGGUCUCUUGGGCUGACUUUGAACUUGGACAAGUGUGAGCUGGUUGCUGUCGGGCCCACCUCGGCUGCUGCCCUCACCGCCAAUUUCCCGGCCCAGCUGCUUGCAGAUUCGCAAGGGAAUAGCCGUGUGCUUCGCAACUUUGAUUUGCUUGGCGCUGCCAUUGGUGCUCCUGACUAUGUAGAUGAGCAUACCCAGCAGCGGGUGCAUGCAGGCAAGCAGCUUUUGGACGCCAUCGCAUCCUUGGAGGAUCCGCAGGUGGGGCUCCGCUUGCUCCGGGCCUGCGCGGGGCAUUGCCGCCUUGUUCACAGCAUGCGAUGCAACCCCCCAGCCGCCCAGAGGUCUGCGCUGCUUGCAUUUGACGCUCAGGUUCGGGCUUGCUUUAGCAGAGUCACGGGCUUACAUCUGGAUGUGUCGCAGUGGGGCCAAGCCUCCCGUGGUUUUGGCCAUGCAGGGUUGGGCUUGCGGGCCACAGCUGCGGACGGUCCUGUAGCUUACUUGGCCUCCAUUGGCGGCUGCGCGGCGGCUUGCUCUGACCUGGACGCAGCUUACCCAGCUGCACACUUGCAGUCGUUGCCCGCUGUCGUCCAGGCUUUGGCAGCCUUCAAUGAGCAAUUGGUGGGGGGCUCCCUCACUGCCGGGGCUGUCCUGGGGCAGAAGCAAAAAGCUUUGGCUGGCAUGGUGGAUUCUGCCUUGGGCCUGCCUUUCUGGCUCGGGGUGGCGGAAGCUUCUUCCGACACUUGGUGCCCUCGGUGCGACUCGGUUGUGCUCCGCUGGGCAGACCGGGCUGGCUUGCAGCCUGAGCGGGAAGACCCGAAGUGUUGCUCCCUCAGCGACCUGAAGACAGCGGGCAAGGGAGGUGGGGUUGCAGCUGCAGCCUAUGCCCGAGUGAAGGCCCAGCGCUUGCAAACUGCCAUUGUCUGUGAAAGGCAAGGGGUUCGCUUUCAGCCUGUGGUCUUCGAGUCCACCGGUGCUUUUGACGCAGCUACGGGCCAUGUCUUGCAGCAGCUCGCCCGCGCGGUCGCAGCUCGCGCCGGAGGUGAUGCUUCGGAGCUGCGUGGCCAACUCCUGCAAGAGUUGUGUAGCACCGUGAGGGCCUUUCGUGCCCGUGCGCCGAGUGGAGCUUGGCGAGCAGCGGCUGCAGUGCUGCGCGCUCCAGCGGAGGAGUCCUGA